UUUUUUUUUUUUUUACAAACCAUUUUAUCCAAAACAAAGACUUUUUAAAGUGAACACACACACACACAAAAAAAAACGAAAAGUUUUUUUUCCUAUAUUUUCUCCUGUGCUGUUAUUAUUAUUUACCCUAAAGAUGGCCAAGGAAGAUCUGGAUAAGAUUCAGGCGGAACUGAAGGCGGCCAUACAAAACCAUCAGAUCCUGGUCGGAAAGAUGCAGUUCGAUCCUCAGAAUCCCAGCUACAAGAAACAGCUGCACGAUCUACAAAUAGAGAUCACAUCACUGGAUGACAGGCAGAAAGUUAUUGUCCAGAUACUUCGUAAGGAGCUUGUAAACAAACAACAAACUUCUAAUCAAGCAUCAAGCCUUAAUACAAAUGCCUCCCAGCACCAACAUCAAGCUCAAACACAGCAACAACAAGUCCAUUUACAAAAACAGCAGCCACAGACACAUUCACCUCAACAAGUGCAUGCUGUACCACAACAAAUGCAUGUCUCCCAACCGCAAUCAAAUUCAGUGCAACGGCAGCAGUCACAGUCACCUAUGCAGCAGCCCCACACAGUGCAACGGCAGUCGCCCUCCCCCCAGAGGCAGACACAUGCCACUGUGCAACAACAAUCACAGUCACCACAGAGACAGCUCCAGUCGCACCCGGUGCAACUGCCAUGCCAGUCCCCCCAGCAACUGCCAUGCCAGUCCCCCCAGCAACCGCAGUCCCCACAUCAACAUAUACACAUUGUACAGCAAUCACAAUCUUCUCAGCAACAAUUGCAACCAAUGCAACAGCAUCCACAUUCCCAUUCUCAACCAGCCACAUCAUCCCCCCAACAGGCACCAACAGCAGUCGUGGCAACCACCCAGCCUCCUGCUGCUGCUGGCCCCCUUCAAUCAGCUGACUUUAUUAAGAAAAAUGACAAUGUGAAAUGUCCCAGUAUAUUGAACACCCCCCACAGUAGAGUUAGCAGUCCGACUGUGAAUAACUCAGUCUCCUCUCGGAGUACAUCCCCUCCUAUUCGAGUACCACAGUACACCAUCAGCAAAACUCUUUUACAGAAUAAAAACCAAAUGGCACCCCCCAAUGUACUUCCACCAAAGCGAACUUGUACAGAAACUGAAUUAGGAGAUAUCAAGAAAACUGUUGAUAAAAAACCACCAAUAACUUGUGACGAAAAAAAUGUGAAAAGUAGCCAAAACAUGUUGCGAAAACUGCAGUAUAUGGCUUCUCUAGAUUUAGUUACACCCGAAACAUUAAAAGGUUGGUUUUCAUUUUCAAGCCUCAGCAAAAUGGAAGAAAAAUACAAUAAUGAAAUCUGUAGGAAACGUGCAAUGGAGAGACUAAUGAUAGACGGGACCCUUAGAGACCCUUGGCACAAAGGAAUGAUGGGAGGUGGACGAGAGUUGCAGAGUAAAAGGUCUGAGCGGAAAAGACGAAGUACAGCCAACCCACAAUUUAGUUACAGCUUAGAAAGUGAUAGAAAACGAAUGAACUAUUUGGUCGGAUCAAACAUUACGACUGGAACAAAACGACCUCGAGGUCGCCCACCAAAACAUGGCACAUCUCCAACCAACAGUCGUCCAGGUACUCCAGAUAGUUCUGACAGUAACGCUAGUAUCAAGAAUGGUAUUGUAAAUGGGUCGUCUGAUGAUAUACAUGAUGGUCUUUGCUUUGUGUGCCAAAAAGCUGGCCGAUUAUUGAUCUGUGAUGGCUGUGGUAUGGCAUAUCACCCUACUUGUUUAGAACCUCCUGUUGCUACUUUUCCUAAUGGUCCUUGGAGGUGUUACAAAUGUCAGAAUGAAAAGAACUCAACAGGUGGGUCAGUGACGUUGGAUAUAGUACACAAUUAUAUCAUCAAUAAAACUGCCAAAGAUGAAGAAAGAAAAAAACUACAAAGAAGAAAUACAGAAUUAAACAAUGAACGAAUACAGUUAGAAACAAAUACGAAACAACUUUCUCAAUCAUUAUAUCAAUGUAUUCAACAGAAACAAGAAUUAAUGAACACAAACAAAAAAGUACAGCAGUCUGCAGACAAUAUAAAUAACUUCCUCCAAAUAUUCCAGUCUUGACUGCUACUCCCUUGUAAAUAAUGAACUUCCAAAGACAUUGUACAUACUUUCAACUCACAAAGUAGUUCUCUUUUGAGAAGGAGGACUUCACUCAACAGCCUACAAUCUUAGCAGCUCAACGGUCCAUUCUUCUCUUGUCAACUUUUUUUGACUACAACAGAUUUCUGCUGUUGUUUUGAACGGUCUUUAAUCAUCUUAAGGAUGAUUAUCAUGUUGCAUGAUCACGACCCUAUUUGCGUGCUGCUGUUGUUCAGGGGAACAGUAACGUUGAAAGUAACCUUU